AUGAGGGAAAUAGUGGGAUCUGUAGGCGAGAUUGGGGAGGAAAAUCUCGAUCGGAUCGGCGAGGGUUGUUGGAGUCAACUCAUUGGAAGUUCUGGAGAGAUGAAAACUGGUGACGGUGCUCGUAAGAGGCUGAAGAUUUCGGUCCCUCACUUCAACAAUUCAGAUCUUAUCAAGGGCUAUUCCAAAACAUUAAUUGGAAGAUGCAUGAAUCCGGAGGAGCAGAACGUCAAGUUCUUGAUGGUGACGCUUCCCAAGAUUUGGAAUCUAGAGGAAAAGGUGGUUGGCAUGGACUUGGGGCUAGGGAGGUUCCAGUUCGACUUUGAUGCAGAGGAAGACAUCGAAACGGUGUUGAAGAUGCAACCGUUUCACUUCGACUACUGGAUGAUCUCGUUAGUACGGUGGCAACCAAAGAAGACUAAGAAUUAUCCUUCAGAAAUCACCUGUUGGAUUAAGGUUUUGGGAGUGCCAUUGGAGUUUUGGGAAGCCCCAACUUUCAGGAGCAUUGGUGAUGUGAUUGGUGUGACAAAAGACGUGGAUUUGGACUAUUGUCGAGUGCAAGUUACGGUUGAUGGGUACAAGGAGCUAAUAUUCGACACGACUGUGGAUUUCAAGGGAGGCGAGUAUUAUGAAGAAGAAGAGGCUCCGGUAACAUUGCGGUAUGAAAAGUUGUUUGGUUACUGUAAAACUUGUCUCAGUCUUUGCCACAAGAUAAGAAGUGCCCGCUGA